UAAAACGCAGAUGAAUAAUACAUUCGGUUAUCGUAUAUUGUCAUUAUGAAAUACACAAAAAGAAUCAAAAUUUGUCAAUAUUGGAAUUAUCAAAGACGUCAUUGUGUUGCUGAAAACUUGCUAUGGUUUUGAUCAAAUCUCAAUAUUUUCUCAUGGUCAGCUAUAAAAGAAUAACUAUAUAUUGGUGAAGUUUAUUGGUAAAUCAUAUUUCAUAGCAGACUUAUCUGUCAGUCAAUCUCCUUCAUUGAAAUAACAAUAGCAGAAAGAAGCUUGAUUUAAUUAUCAGCAGAUGUGCCGUUCAGAAUAACAAAUAUUUGUAAUGAUGGAACCGAGUGUAAUUCUUCUUAGUGUUUUGUUUAUAUUUACGGCCGUGGUAACUUGUAAUCAGCCAAAAUGUGACCCAAGGAAAGAUAACGUAAAUAGAAAGUGCCAAAAGCCCUGUGCUUUAGAGGCCUGCAAAAGUAAAAGAAAAGACUGCUUAUGUGAUGGAGAUUGUGGGUUAAGCUGUAUAAAUAAAAAUAUGAAGUGCGAACCAAUAGGUUCUAUUCAGUACGGAGAGGUUACUGUCCUGCCAUAUAACAAGUUCGCUGCUAUAGCAAGAUAUCAAUGCCACGAAGGAUAUGAAAUACAUGGAAAACAUCAGAGAGUCAGGGUAUGUCAAGGAGAUGGACAAUGGAGCUUAUCACCCCCUGAAUGUAGAAUAAACAUUAACCAAUCCAUCCAAGCAAAAGCAGAAUGUGGAAAGCCCCCUGUUGUCAGCCAUGCUCAUCAUGAUGGAGAAAUCUAUCAAACAACUUUUGAUAUUGGAAGCAUGUUACAAUAUACAUGUGACACAGGAAACACUGGCAAUACGAAUGAUAUAAGUAGAGCGUGGUGUGUUGGUGCAGGCAUAUGGGUUGGUCCUAAGAUGACGUGUAGUAGUCCAGGAUGCCCUAGACCUAGAUCAAUUGAUAAUGGAAGAGUAAAAGAACCAUUUAAAAAUAGCUUUGGAAAUGAGAUGGAAUACGAGUGCAAUGAAGGGUAUUUCUUAACAGGAAGGAGAAUGAGGACAUGUUUAGCCAAUGGUACAUGGGAUGGACAGGAACCGAGUUGUGAAACUGUAACUUGUCAGGAACCACCAAAAAUAUUGAAUGCAGUACAUGAUGGCUAUGACGAGUCUAGUUUGUAUCCAGCCGGGCGACAAGUGACAUACGAGUGUAUUAAAGGGUACAGACAAAAUGAUGGACAUCCACGUGCGAUGUGUAACGGAGAUGGUGAAUGGGUGGGACUGAGUCAGUUUGCCUGCGGUCCUGUGAAUUGUGGUUUCCCUGUUGAUAUAAAGGAUGGAUGGAGAGAAGGGCAUAUGUUUGAGUAUAAAAAUCAAGUUAAAUAUAACUGUAAACAAGGGUACAAACUUCAUGGUGAUAUGAUCUUAACAUGCGAAGCUGAUGAGACAUGGACAGGAGAAGUGCCUGAGUGUAUUCCCGUUGAAUGUCCACAUCUUAACUUACCUCGCUAUGGUACGAUUAUUGGAUCAGGAAAUGCAUAUGGUACAGUUUUAAGCUUUGAAUGCAUGAAAGGUUUCAAACACGUGGGACCAGUAGAAAGGCGAUGUCAGGAAAACGGACAGUGGAGUGGAGAUGAUGUUACAUGCACAGAAGUGAACUGUGGAUGGCCAAAACACUUUGACAACGGAUAUCUUUUAGGUCAGAAAACCUCCGUUGGAUCAGUUAUUUUCUACAGCUGUGACGUUAGGACGAAUUUUGAUGGUACAUCAUUUAAGUCAACCUGUCUAGAAAACGGAACCUGGUCACAUCCUCCACCUUUAUGUUUAGGACAGUGUCUUAUUCCUAGUAUACCAGAUGCAACUUUGAAUGGACAACCGGACCAACGAGAGGGUGUUUGGGCCCGUCAUGGGAUUAUUCUAAACUAUCAGUGUAAAUCAGGAUUAGUUCCUGAUGACACUAGACCAGUGCGAUGUAACAACGGCACUUGGACGUCUCGAGCUAAAUGCACACCUGCUGCGUGUAAAGGUCCACCGCCACACAUUGAUAAUGGAUUGAGGAUAUUUGAAGGAUUGAAGCAUAAUCACAGGGCUAAAUACAUAUGUAGGAAUGGUUUUCAAUUACUUGGAAUUACGGACCACUCGCCCUAUCUUAUUUGUCUUUACGGAAGUUGGAGUGGUGGAACUCCUAAAUGCAAAGAAUUUUAUUGUCCAAAUCCAGCAGUUGCGGCACCACUAGAAAAUGGUAAAAUUUACAAAAGAGUCAACAACGGCAAGUUUCAAUUUCAAAAGUACAUAACAACAAUUAGGCACGGAACAAGACUUCUUUUUAUCUGUGACCCAGGUUUUAUCAGAAAAGGUCCGAGUGGCGCAACAUGUGUAAAUGGAACAUGGAGCCCAGGUAUUGACAACCCGGGAACAAAAUGUGAGGAACAAAAUCAUCCAGAGUUUCCAAAACUUUGGAUGGCAGAAGAGGAAAAAAAUAGUGAGAUUCCUUGAAAAGCUACAAUUAGCAAUUGAAUUCCAUAUGGCGGAGCAGACGAAGGCAUAUCUACACAAACACUUGCCCGAACGAUGUAUGUGUUGUUUAGCUAAAUGUAACAUUUUAAAGGCCUUAAACUUUCUACAGUGUUAUUAAAAUAUUGUUUUUAACUGUCA